AUGAGUACUCCAAAUGGAUUUCCACAGCACUCAGGGGCUUGUGUUCCUCAGAGCACAGAGGGUGGAGCUGUACAGGACCUGCACGCUAAAAAAGCUGGCAGAGCAGCAAAGAAGGAGGCUGGUGGCAAUGGGGUGCUUACCUUUGAAGAUUGUCCGAGUGCAGGCACUUCUUUAAAUGAAACCUUAAAGGUUCUACCGGGUGAACUCAAAGCUAAUAUGAAAAUUAAAUCGAUCACCCCAAGACCUCCUCGGAAACCCCGGCUGGAGCGUGCUGCAUCUCUGGAUGAGAAGAGCUGGAGGAGGUGGAGGCGGUUUAGAACGAGUCAGGAAAGUCUGACCGAUCCUAAUGAGACGAGUUCCUCAAACGGUUCCCUGCAGGAGGCGUCCCUCAGCCCUCUCGUCAGGGGUAGGGUGAGCCCCUGCCAGCAGGAUUCCUUGCACAGUUCGCCAGACGCCUCGGAAGAAGCCAGUCCCGUGGGGAAGAGCAGAGGAGGCACCUCUGACCUGGGGAAACGAGCCUCCGAGAUCUCCAGUGCCUUUGGUGGGCUUCUGCGGGGGAAAGCGUUUGUGGGCGGCAAACCCCGGCUGUCGCAAAUAGUGCCGGCUCGACCUCUGCCACCCAUGGAGCUCAACGUGGCCUCUCACACACUGAGGACAGCUAAUAAGAUUGACUCAGAUUAUAUGGAUUAUCGGCAUUAUUCUCAGCACAAGUUUGGAAGGGUGAGCAGCAGCUUGAGCGAUACCAGGCUACACGGCAACGGGAUGGUCUAUGAUAAUUGCUCCACGGAGUCCAUGAAAUCUACGUUCAGCCUGCUCACUCCCAUUCGCUCCAAGGAUGUUCGAAGCAGAAGCUAUUUGGAAGGCAGCCUUCUGGCGAGUGGUGCCUUACUGGGAGCAGAAGAACUUAGCAGAUACUUCCCUGAUCGGAAUAUUGGAAUUUUUGUGGCCACGUGGAACAUGCAGGGUCAGAAGGAACUUCCAGUGAAUCUGGAUGACUUCUUAUUACCAACCGAUCCUGACUACGCCCAGGACAUGUAUGUCAUUGGGGUUCAAGAAGGCUGUCCAGACAGAAGAGAGUGGGAGAUCCGCCUGCAGGAGACGUUAGGCCCCCACUACGUCAUGCUCUACUCUGCAGCGCAUGGGGUGCUCUACAUGUCGGUCUUCAUUCGGAGGGACCUGAUCUGGUUCUGCUCAGAAGUGGAGUAUGCCACGGUGACAACUCGAAUCGUGUCUCAGAUCAAAACCAAGGGAGCUCUGGGAAUCUGCUUCACGUUUUUUGGGACCUCCUUUCUCUUCAUCACCUCCCACUUCACGUCUGGGGACAGUAAGGUGAAUGAGAGGAAACUGGACUACAAUAAAACCAUUCAAACCCUUACACUUCCCAAGAACGUUCCAGACACAAACCCCUAUCGAUCCAGUUCUAGUGAUGUCACCACUCGGUUUGAUGAAGUGUUCUGGUUUGGUGACUUCAACUUCCGGCUAAAUAAGGAUCGCGAGACUGUGGAUUCCAUCUUGAACCAGAACCCAGAAACAGACGUGUCCAAGCUACUGGCGUAUGACCAGCUCACUAGUGAAAUGAGUAGAGGGUCUAUUUUCAAAGGAUUCCAGGAGGCUGACAUUCAUUUCCGUCCUUCCUACAAGUUUGACAUAGGAAAAGACAGUUAUGACACCACUUCCAAACAAAGGACCCCUUCCUACACGGAUCGAGUUGUAUACCGCAGUCGGUACAGAGAUGACAUCCACGCUGUCAAGUACUCAUCUUGUCCCGUGAUCAAAACUUCAGACCAUCGGCCUGUGUUUGCCUUGUUCCGUGUGAAAGUGAGGCCUGGCAGAGACAACAUUCCACUUGCUGCAGGGCAGUUUGACAGAGAACUCUAUUUAAUCGGAAUAAAGAGGCGGAUUACAAGGGAACUUCAGAAACGGCGAGAGCAAAAGGACCAAAAAUCCAGCAGCAUAUGUAGCAUUUCCUGAGCUGAGAACUCUGCGAUGCUUGUGUUAGAGGUGCCCGGAAAGAGGAUUUCAGGCCAUGGCAAACUUGGCAAGGAAUUGUCUGCUUAAGCACCUCUGGCAGUUCCUGCGGCUUGUGAAGAAUGUCUUAAACCUCAUCCUGGAUUCAUUUGCAUGAGCUAAUCCAUGUAGCUCAAGUGCUUUUGCUGAAGAAAACGGAGUCAGUUAUUUAGGACAUCCAUCCCGACAGAUGUAAUCGAUUUAUUUUUAACCAUACUGUCCUUGGGAGAAACCAGGUGCAGUCUCUUGGUUCUAAGAUGACUCCA